AUGAGUCGUGCUAAGUUUAUUAUUGAUUUAUUGAAUCAAAAUGAAAAAACUGUUGUAGAGGAAUCUAAGCUGCUCGACCAGAGGAAGUUUGAUCUGUUCCAAAUCAAUAAUCUAUAUGAAUCUGCACCACCAUCUGCGUCAAUAGGCUAUCUCAUGCCUGCAAAGAAACCUAAGCCCGUAAAGUGCUACGUAAAAUGCCGGUAUCAGUGCCAAAAUGAAGCACAGCAAGCGAAAGAAUCGGACAAACAGCGGUCUAUUAUUGAUGAAAAUUACCUAGUCAUAACUGCAGACAUGCAGUCUACUUUGCAUAUACUAGUCAGUGGUGUUGGUAUUUUAUAUUACACCAGAAAAUUAAACAUACAAAAUUAUACAAUUUACACGUCGAAACCACCUCUUGAAUCAUUUUGUAUAACUUGGAAUGAGAUUAAUGGUAAAAGGGGCAGUGUGGAAAUUGCCAGUGCAAUUAACUGGUGGAUUAGUCAGAUACCAACCAAUAUUAAAGAAAUCAUCAUGUAUAGCGACACGUGCGCUGGGCAAAAUAGAAACCAAUUUAUCGCGGCAUUUUUGGUUCAUUUGAUUCAAAGGAUGGAUGGGCAGCUGGAAGUUAUAGAGCAAAAAUAUUUAGAGAGUGGUCACACUCAUAUGGAAGUGGACUCCAUGCAUAGUGCAAUAGAAAGACAGCAAAGACAUACGCCUGUUUAUUCCAUGAUUGACUGGAAGUCGAUCAUGGAACGUGCUCGCUCUAAAAGAGACAGGGAUUCAGCACCACCUUAUACAGUUAAAGAAUUAAAAUACACGGAAAUGGUUGAUGUAAGAGCUCUUAAUGAAAAAAUAGCAAAAAAUACAAGCAGAGAUAAAGAAGGCAAUAAAAUUACAGGGCUAAAAAUUAAGUGUCUUCGUUUCGAGAGAAAAUGCCCGGGUCUUGUUAAGUUUAGAUAUCAACAUGAUGGUCCCUACCUAGAAUUUAAUAUUUUAGAAUGUCCGACAAAAUCUACACUUAUUACUAGAAAGAGGAGGAAACUAGAAGAACAAACGGAUGGACAAGGGACAGAAGAACUGAUGCAAGUAUUGAAAAAUUAUAAAAUGCUUACUCCUCGCCGCUGCCUAUUUCAGAGGCAAAAAAGAAAGACCUCAAUAAUUUAUGUGCAAAGGGGAUAA